AUGGCACCCUCCAUCUGGCAUCCCACCAUCAUCUUCCCCCUCGCCAUCCUCCUCCGCGUCGGCCUUCUAAUCUACGGCCGCUGGCAAGACACGCACUCCCCCUUCAAAUACACCGACAUCGACUACCUCGUCUUCACGGACGCCGCGCGGUACGUCGCUGCCUCCCGCUCCCCCUACGACCGCGCGACGUACCGCUACACGCCUCUCCUCGCGUGGAUCCUGCUCCCGACGACCUGGCCCGGCGGGUGGUGGUUCGAGUUCGGGAAAGCGCUUUUCGCCGCCGGGGAUGUCGUGACGGGCUGGAUGAUCUUUGUGAUUCUGCGCAGGCAUUAUGGCAUGGACGUGCAGCGGGCCGGGAAGUUUGCGGGCGUGCUGUGGUUGGUGAAUCCUAUGGUUGCGAAUAUUUCGACUAGGGGGAGUAGUGAGGGACUGUUGGCUGUGCUUGUUGUGGCGUUGUUGUGGGCGGGGUUGGAGAGGAGGGUGUUUGUGGCGGGGGGGUUGUUGGGGUUUGGAGUGCAUUUUAAGAUUUAUCCGUUCGUUUAUGCGGUGGGGUUGGGGUGGUGGUUUGGGGAGAGGGGGAGGAGUGUGUGGGAGGAGGUGAGGGAUCCUUUGGGGUUGGUUACGAGAGACCGCGUGAAGUUGGUUGGGGCGAGUUUGGCGACGUUUAUGGCGUUUAAUGGGGUGAUGUAUCUCUGUUAUGGCAUGCCGUUCGUGGAGCACAGCUAUACCUACCACUUGACCCGGAUCGAUCAUCGACACAACUUCUCGGUUUACAACACGAUGCUUCACUUGAGCUCGUUGGCUGGUGGUGAUGGAGGUUUCAGGGUUGAAUCACUGGCCUUCCUACCGCAACUCUUCCUCUCGGUUGUGGCCAUACCGGCUCUACUGGCGAAGACGGAUUUGGCAUCAAUGAUGCUUGCACAGACGUUUGCUUUUGUCACGUUCAACAAAGUGUGCACCAGCCAGUACUUCCUAUGGUACAUGGUGUUUCUGCCUUUCUACCUCCCCUUCUCCACACUGCUGAAGAAGCCCCGGACUGGAAUCACGGCUCUCGUCCUCUGGGUCGCUGGUCAAGCCUUCUGGCUGCAGCAGGGGUAUGAGCUGGAGUUCAAUGGCCAAUCGACGUUUGUGCCUGGCUUGUGGUUCGCGAGUGUAGUGUUCUUCCUGGUCAACUGCUGGAUUCUCGGCAUCGUCGUCGAUGACGUGAAGUCGUGGAGGCGAGAUGGGGCUUCUGUUGAGCCUGCUGAUUCCAAGAAAGAUCGAUAG